AUGAAUUGGUCACCUGCUGCUGAGAAAGAAUUUGAAUGUAAUGGCAGAGGGUGGUAUGAUGGUAAAGGGGAUGAACUGUUGGGAAGAAAGAAAACAUUUCCUGAAUGCAUUCGGGAGGACAUUAAGAUAAACAUGAUAGGGGAAAAGGAUGAUUUACCAGUUCAUUUAUGUGACAAAUGUUAUUUGCCUAUUAAAAUCUUUGUGUCUGUUGUUCCAUGUCGGCAUGCUUUUUGCUAUUACUGUGCUAAUUUAUAUAAAAAAGAUGGGAUAUGUCUGGGCUGUAGUAUUCCUAUGCUGCAAAUUGAGGAGCAUCAGCAAGGUUCUAUCUUCCUAUGUAGCAUUGGGUAAGAGUGCAGGAAAACUUAUUUGUUUCAAAGAGAGUUAGAAGCUCAUAUCAAGUACCACAAUUAAAGAGCUAAAAAAUUUGUUACCUGUGCUCCACAAAAAGUUCACCCUUGUAUUGCUUCACCAACAACUGAAAUCCCUGAAAUGCUGCUAGACAAGGACCAUAGGAGCCAUAUUCCACCAGAGUUGUGCACCAAUAUGUCACCACCUCCUGUGCAAUGUGUAUCACACAAGCUCAGAAACCAGCCACACGAGGAUCUUCAUGCUCCUCCCAGAAUUGCUCCUUUGGUCCAUCAGGAAAUCGUUAGUAUUUCAGCAAGGGAACACAGCAAUUUACAAAUCGCCCCUAUUCAGGGUGACUCAGAUUCUGGUGCCGAAGAACUCUCACCUCCUGACCAGUACCUGCUCACCAGCAUCCUGACUGUCAAAGUUAACCAGAGGUAUUGCCCCCUUCUAUGGUGCAUCCAGAGCAACAUGCACUACCCACAUCUCCUCUACCACUAG